AUGAAGAGCAAAUCAGCCAGUCAAGGACACAGCAGAGAAACAAAAUCACCAGACAAGGAUGCAGCCAGAUCAACAAAAACGUUACCAAAAAAAGUAUUGGUCAAGAGGGCUCCCAUAAAACUGCGGGCUUCAUCAGGAAAAUGUGUGGCCAACAGAACAAGAGACAAGUCUCCAAAAGUUAUGGCAUCUUCCCCGUGUCACAAGGGCAUCUCUGGCAACACAGAGAAGGUCAAAUCUAGCGCUAGAAUGGCUGCAUCAGCAAAACCUACAAAUGUAUCCCCGAAAAAACCAGGAGAUGAUGGAACCACUGGUCAUAAACAGAUUGCCCUGAAAACAUCUCGAACAGGUGUUAAAACUAAAUCACAAAAGAAUGAGAAGGGGGCAACCAGAAGGAAAACAUUGAAGCAGUCUGGUGCAGACAGCUUCCUUGAUCUGUGGGCUCUGGCCAGCAUGGGGAAGAGAGAAGCCAGCUUGAAUGCCAGCAUGAAAGUCAAUAUACUUUACGAAAAACAGUCUCCUUCCAAAUCUCCAAGGUCAUCUCCAAAGAAAAGUGAAACUGGUGCUCAUGGCAUAAAACCAGAUAACAAUGUCACAGAUACUGUCUCUGGGAAAGGGAACAUCACAGAGGCCAGCAACACCAUCAGAGCCAAGAAGAAGAAAAGAUCAGAUGAGGCAGUUAAAGAACGCAGUCCUGUUAAAGAAAAGGAUUGUGAAUCAUCUCCUGAGUGGAAAAAAUCACCAGGCAAACAUGAUAACAAGAAGGCAGUUAUAAAAUCAAAACCUUCAGACAGCAGUUGCAGAAAGCGAAAGAGUCCAGGAUAUAAAAUUUUCAAGGAAGAACCCUCAGCUAAGGUUCGUAAAGUUGACAAGAAGUCUCCCGUAAAGCCUAGAAACAGGCUGGGGAAAAGAUCCCGAAAGGCUUUACCGCCAGGCCACCAACUGUGUAACAUCAUCGAGAAGUGUCCGCGGCAGGCAAGUCUGGUGGCCAAGGCCAUGAUUGCUAUGGGUCAAGAAGAAGAGACUGUGCCAGGUUUUGCAGCCAGAACAACAGUUUAUGAUUGGAUGGAGCUGCAUUCACUGACUCAGAGUGAGACUAGAAGAAUUCACUGGUUCACUGGCUUUGGAAAUAUAUUCCAAGGCAAAAAAAUGAGGAAUUCUGAUGGGCAGCAGCUUUCUAAAGAUGAUGGAACAUCCGUGGGUGUUGUGGAUUUGGAGUCUCGCAGUGAUGGUCUGGCUGUGGCAGAGAGUGAGUCUCUUCAUAACACACUUCUGCGAACACUCCAUCAAAUUGGCGAUAGUAGGUUAUUGAAGGAGUAUCUUCGUGCACAAAAGGAGGAUUUUCCUGGUCAUGUAGAUGUUGAAAGUUGCUCCGUACCUGCAGCUUAUCAGGAAUCCCCACCAGUCACUCAUGACCCCAAGAAGCUGGUGGUGCCUUCCUCAGCCAAGGAAAAACCAGAUAAAGAAGUGGACAAGCCUGAGAAGCCCCUUACCUCCUCGCCCGUGAAACCGCAGCCAUGCCGAGCAGCCACGCCGGUACCACAGUUUCCUGUGAACCAGAGAGCCACUAUCACCAGCAGCUUCAUCCACCACCCAGUUGCCCAGCCCAUCUAUCCGCAGCCCCAUGCUCACUCUCAUCCACAGCCCAUCAAAGUGACCCCAUAUACUCCAAGCCCCACUUACAUUUACCAGUAUGCCAUGGACCGACCUCAGGGAGGACUAUAUGUCCCUCCUAGUCCUUCUCCGAUGCCGUACGGCAGCAGCGAGGUUGCUCACAGAGACUACACUCCAACGUAUACCCUCAACCACAUGGGCAGUCUCAGCCUGGGCCGCAGGGGAAUGAACCCAUACCCGCCGGCACCAUACAACACGUCCUUACAUUUACCUAUGCAACAGUUAGGAUUUAACUACAGUGCCUACUACCCAGCCCCCAUGCAGACCCUUCCCCAGCAGAACAUGGCCACCAUGCAGGCAGUGCCCAUACACCAGCAGUACCCGCUGGUUCCCAACCCGGUUCUAACUCAGCGCCAGAUCCCUGCGGACAUAGGUCAGCUGGAGUCAUACCAGCAUGAGUAUACCCAUUACCCUCCAUUACCCAAUAUGGGGCCAGAGUCUUCAUGUAUGCCUCCUCCUGCUCUUCCACCGCCACCUCCUGCCCACAGACCGACACCAAUGGUACCACAUCCCCCACCACUUAGGCAGCCACCAAUGCCCCAUCAUUCAAUGCCCCAUCAUUCAAUGCCACCAGUUUCUCCCAUGGAAUCACUGAGGUCAAUGAAUCCUACUGGAGUGCAGUCGAUACCCAGGUCACCCGCCUUGGACUUUCCUCCCAGCUUUAUCCAUCACCAGGGCAGUGCACGUGAACAGAUGCCGGUGUUUGCUUCAUGUCUGCCACACCACCAGCUGGCCAGGGACCACCCCAUCAACCCUCCCUUCAGGUACUCCGUCACCUGCAAUGGGCUCACCAAAUCUUUCUCCCCCUGUAAAAAGGAACACGAUGAUUCAUCCUCAUCUUUUGACUGUGAUUUGAUCAGUAAAAAUUCUGUGUGCAAUAAUGACCUCCCGCCAAGGUCACAGGGUUCUUCUAGAACACACUCUGAAGGGUCAGACAUCUCCGAUCUGCUGCACAGUGCUCACAGCACCAUGUACCAGAUAGAUGGAUUGAACUCCAUGGAUAAUAUUCGAGAAUUUCAUCACACCCAAGGAUCAGCGGCUGACUCCAUGGUUGGCAGCUGUAGCCCAUCCAAGCUGAGCCUGCUUGGUCACAGCUCUUUCAGCACAUCAUACUCUGUCUCCUCAAUCCUGGAUAUGCCAGCUUGUAAAGUUAAGUCAGAACCUGAGCCAAAAGUCUGCACAGGCCCUCAUCUGGCCAAUGUUUUGAACAACUUUGAACAGAAAAUUGCAGAGCAGCCUCAGUCUGCUUUUGUUUGCUUUGCUGCAGCUGCAGGGUCUAGUGGUGGAUCAGGCUCUAAAGAGGCCAGAGAGACUCCCCCAAAUAACAUACAUCAAAAUACUGAGGUCCGUGAUGAGAAACGCACCUUAAAUAGCAAUCAGGCUGUGAAAACUGAAGAGAAAUGUGACAAGCAGAAGUCUGCAAGCACUGUAAUCAUUAUUGACGACACAGAUGGGUCUUCGGACGAUGAGCCCCUGGCCAGGUUGGUGAAAGCAAAGUCUGCGGAUGAUGCUGAAUCUCUAACCUCUGACACAGCUGUAGCAGACAGCCAGAAGAAAGUCAGCCUUGUCGGUAAACCAAAAAUAUCCUCUUCACACAUUCCAACACAACAGCAGAAGAUGAAAGUCAAGCAGAAGGAUAAGGCCAACGAAAAAGUAAUUGAACAAACAAAACCAGCUGAUUUAAAGAAAGAAAAGAAACAAAACUGUGUGAAACCUCAGACUUCUGCAAGUUCCAAAUGCAUCAUUCUCAAAUCCCAGCAUGAUGGUUCAGCCAGUGACAUCCCGGCCAAGCUGCAAGCGACUUCCACUGAUGAAGAGAACAAAACUGUUUCAGAUAAGGAAACAAAAAACAAAUCAGUUGCCAAAAAAGCAACAUUAGGAGGUAGCUCUAAGCCAAAAAAGCCUUUGAAGAAAAUAAAAAGCCAACCAGUAUGGCCCCAGACACCAGCAAAAGUCAACACCAACCAUGGUUGGUCAUGGGUUGAUGAGGGCGAGAUGAGACCCAUCCCAAAACUGACACCCGGCAAGGAAGAGCCAGUUAGAAUACGCAAAUGCUAUCAUUCGAUGAAACACACAUCUGGAGAGAUAGUUUCUGUCCGUGAUUGCGUCAUUCUUCAUUCGGAUGGCGAUGGCAGCAUCCCCUUUGUUGCCAAAGUUAGUGCACUCUGGGAAAACAUUAAUAGUGAAAUGAUGUUCAGCAUGCUGUGGUACUACCAACCCGAACAUACUGCAGUGGGGCGCGAGCCUGAGGACGGGGAGCAGGAGUUGUUCGCAUCCAAGCAUCGAGAAGAGAACAGUGUGGCUUGCAUUGAUGAUAAAUGUUUUGUACUUAUGUACAAUGAAUAUUGCAGGCUUGAAGCAGAAGGUGCUCGUCAAGAGCAAGGUGUACCUUUACCAAGAUGGCGGACACUGAUGCCGGACAUUACAGAUGAUGACAAGAAACUCUGCAGACCCAUGCCACCUCCGAAUGCAUGUGCUGACAAUAUAUGGUUCUGUCGUUAUGAUUAUGACGUGAGGAAAAAGGUUGUCAAGAAACCGAAAUACAAAAAAUCCAAUCUUAGAUACAGAGCUCCAUGCAAGCCGGUGUGA